AUGAAACAUUUUUCAAUUGAUUUUGGAUUUGGACUGAAGCAGCGGUCGGGGAACUUUUCGCCAUCUCGAUUCAUCAUUAAAACCAAAAAAUCUGGUGGAGAGCAAGCGAGCGCUCGAACGGCGGUGGCCGUGUCUGGGCCGACGUCCGUUUCGGUGGCGGCGGCGACUGCUGGAUCAGGUGCACGAGAAUGCGCCGGCUGCGGCAAACGCAUCACCGAAAGGUUCCUCCUCAAGGCGCUCGAUCUCUUCUGGCACGAGGACUGUCUCAAGUGCGGCUGCUGCGACUGCAGACUCGGCGAGGUCGGUUCCACCCUCUACACCAAAGCCAACCUCAUCCUCUGCAAACGGGACUACCUUAGAUUAUUUGGGACAACGGGAUACUGCGCGGCGUGUAAUAAAGUGAUUCCGGCUUUCGAGAUGGUGAUGCGGGCGAAAAGCAAUGUUUACCAUUUGGAGUGUUUCGCAUGCCAGCAAUGCAACCACAGGUUUUGCGUGGGCGAUAGAUUCUAUUUGUGCGACAAUAAAAUCUUAUGCGAGUACGACUACGAGGAGAGGCUCGUCUUCGCGAAUAUGGCCUACAACCCAAGCAGUUUAGCUCACAUACGAAGGCAAGUCAAUAAUUUACAGGUAUGCCCCCCUAUUCAAUUAGUCGAUAGAUAAGUCAUGUAACGCACACAUUACUACUAUAUGUUUGUUGUUUUCUGCGAAUCCCAUUUUACGCAGUGCAAUUCCAUAAAC